AUGGUGCCAACCCCUGCCCUCUACACUCCUCUCUACCCAUACCCCUCCCCCGCAUCGCCAAAACCAUCGUCAUGCCACCACCCCAAUACUAACCUCCCCAGGCUCGAGGCCAACUCGCACCUCCUCCAACCCCCUGUGAACAACUACUGCGUGUACCACCCCUCCUCACCCGCAACAUCCGGCUAUACCGUGAUGAUCGUGGGCGGGCCGAACGCCCGCACCGACUACCACAUCAACUCGACGCCCGAAUUCUUCUACCAGUACCGGGGGUCCAUGCUCCUCCGGACAGUGGACAGGAGUGUCUCGCCGCCCGCGUUCCAGGACAUCCCCAUCCACGAGGGCUCGCUGUUCCUGCUCCCGGCGAACACGCCGCACUGUCCCGUGCGCUUCGCCGACACCGUCGGCGUGGUCAUGGAGGUGCCGCGCGCGCCGGACGCCACUGACACCAUGCUCUGGUUCUGCCCCAAUAGUGCUUGUAAGCAGGUGGUGUGGGAAAAGCGGUUCGUCUGCACGGAUCUCGGAACGCAGGUGAAGGAGGUCGUGGAGGAGUUUUCGGCGGAUCUGGCCAAGCGGACCUGUGCUGCGUGUGGCACUGUCGCUGAGUCGAGAUAUAAGGAGGGCGAGCUGACCCAGCCGCCGAGGUUCCCUCCGGAGUAA